CUCCCUGCAACUCAUCUAAACUCCAGAGGUACGCGUGAGCUAGAGGAGAGACAGCACCGACUAGCCUACGCGAAGAUACUCUUGAGGGCGAGAGUGGAUGCUAUCAUCCAAUAUACAACCCGAACAGUCUUUAGGUGACCGCGGUGUUUGAUGUUCAGGGAUUAACCAAUAACGUGGUGGAGUGGAGAGUAUUGUGGCUUUUUUUCAGCGAGGGAACUCGUCCCUCAGUAUGAAAUGAAAAUGAGGAUGAGGAGUUGAUUCGGGUAGUUAAGCACAUACAAAGGUAAAUAUUUUAAACUCAUUAUCAUUGCAGCUAAGUAGACUGUGAGAUUAGAUAAAACAUGGCUGUAUUGCUGGAUAAAAGUACUCCAGCACUUUUACUUGUAUGGGCAUACUGUGUAUUGGCUGAUACAGUAUUCACGAACUUUACCCUGGACAAUGAAGUCCAUUCGAGUUUCAUCCACCGGCGACUGAAGAGUCAGGAGCGACGAGAGAUGCAGCGGGAGAUUCUGUCUAUACUUGGGUUGCCGCAUCGACCACGGCCGCACCUCCAUGGGAAGCACAACGCCGCACCGAUGUUCAUGCUGGACCUUUACAAUGCCAUGUCCACGGAGGGAGAUGAGGAUGGACACCCGUAUCCAUUCAAGCCUGUCUUCACGACGCAAGGGCCGCCAAUUGCGACUCUGCAAGACAACAACUUUCUUAACGACGCCGAUAUGGUUAUGAGCUUUGUUAAUUUAGUGGAACAUGACAAAGAGUUCCUGCCCGUGCGACGGCACCACCGGGAAUUCCGCUUCGACUUGUCCAGGAUUCCAGAGGGGGAGGCGGUCACUGCUGCCGAGUUCCGCAUCUACAAGGACUUCGUCCAGGAGCGAUUUGACAACGAGACCUUCCGCAUCAGCGUCUACCAGGUGCUGGAGGAACACUCAGACAGGGAGUCGGACCUCUUCCUGCUGGACUCGCGGGUCAUCUGGGCAGCCGAAGAGGGCUGGCUGGUGUUUGACAUCACCGCCACCAGCAACCACUGGGUCCUGAACCCCGGCCGCAACCUGGGUCUGCAGCUGUCCUUGGAGGGAGUGGACGGCCAGAGCGUGAACCCACGGACGGCGGGCCUGAUCGGGCGCAACGGGCCCCAGAGCAAGCAGCCCUUCAUGGUGGCUUUCUUCAAGGCCACGGAGGUGCACAUCCGUAGUGUGCGCUCCACCCAGGGCAGCUCCAAGUCGCGCAAGGCCAAGGGGCCCAAGGGCCAGGAGGCACUACGUGUGGCCAACAUCGCAGAGAACAGCAGUGCGGAUCAGAAGCAGGCUUGUAAGAAGCAUGAGCUUUAUGUGAGCUUCAGGGACCUGGGGUGGCAGGACUGGAUCAUCGCUCCUGAGGGCUACGCUGCAUACUACUGUGAGGGAGAGUGCGCCUUUCCUCUCAACUCCUACAUGAAUGCCACCAACCACGCCAUCGUGCAGACACUGGUCCAUUUCAUCAACCCAGAUAUGGUGCCCAAGCCGUGCUGUGCGCCCACGCAACUCAAUGCCAUCUCCGUCCUCUACUUUGACGACAGCUCCAAUGUCAUCCUCAAGAAGUAUCGCAACAUGGUGGUGAGAGCCUGUGGAUGUCACUAGACCCUCUCCCAAUGCCUCAGAGAUCAGCUCGGAGACACACACACACACACACACACACACACACAGUCGCUCACACACACACACACACACACACACACACACAAACACACACCGAAACACAGACUCCCACACAUACAUGUCUUCAUGGCAGUGAGUGUGUUGUGGUCAGAAGGACUGCUGGUAUUGUCGGACCAUAGAGAUGGGACUGCUGGAUCUGGACAUGAGAGAAGUGCAGGCGUGGCAGGCACUAUCAGUCCGCCAGCCUAAUCAAUGGCUGUUCUCACUACAUAGGCACAUACACACACAAACACAAGGUAGAGGCUUCAGAAGAGUGAAACAUUUUGCAAAAAAACAAUGGACCUCUCUCUCUGUCUUACACACACACACACACACACACACACACACACACACACACACACACACACACACAGCAUCUUCAUCUUUCACAAACCAUUUCUCUCUCACACAUACACUCACAGAUGGGUGCAACCAUGUGUCCACACACACUUGUCCGGUCCCUGUGCUUUCUACUGUGUAUUAUGAGGAGACAUUUUAAGAAGUGAUUGUAUUGAAAUACACAGAAGACAGUCUUUUUAUGAUUUUUUUUACAUCAAAAUGUUUCCUAUUCCCAAAAAUGAUUUUGCUUGUCUCGAUGAUUAAAAAGGCUGGGCUACACGAGUGAGAGAACAACUUAUGAACUGUUUUUGUACAAAAUUGUGUAAAUAGUUUUCUUUUUUCACAGAAAGUUAAAAAUAAAAAGUGUAUUUAUUUCCUGGUCUUUGAAUGAAGAGACUGAA